UCUAACAUGACAUCCAGUAGUAAUUGUAAUAAGAUGUCGCUAGUACAAACGUUUCUUUGCAUAGUAUUCUCAUUCGGAAGUUGUUUUGCUGGUAGUCGGACAUUAAAGUAUGCUAAAAGCUCGUUAGAUAUUUCAGGAGAUUUGUUAGAACAAACAUCAGCAGAGACACACAUCCUUUGCGUUGACAAGUGCUCGAAGGAUGACAACGUUGACGCAUCACUCCGCUGUAACGCGGUGCGUUACAAUGCGCUUGACAAGUCCUGCGAAUUGGUACUGUCAAGAGGAUGUGAAGCGCCAGCUGCGGCAUUACAAGCGCAUUGGACGAUUUACCGCUUGACAAAUGAUGCACCAAGAGGAUGGUCUAGGUUAGGCUCCAGAUGGUACUACGUAAGCACAACAUUCACAGCGUGGAGCCAAGCUGCGGACAACUGCAUGGCGCACAAUGCACAUCUCACCGGAAUAUCCAGCGCUCAAGAGAACAAUUACAUAUACAACUUGCUUAGCGCUAGUGACGUGUGGUCAGCAACUAAUGCCAUUUGGGUAGGGGGUUAUGUAGCCUCGUUCACAGAAGGUGUGCCUACAUGGGAGUGGCACAAUAGGGAGAGUUGGAGCUAUGAGAACUUUGCCGACCCUUCACUACAUGAUGGGGCAGAUAAUGAACACUGUUUGCACGUUGAUGCCACAUCGUGGGACGAUUAUCCAUGCAGCUCUAAAUUAAGAUAUGUCUGUGAAAGAAAUUAAAAAGAAAACGGUCGGAUGUAGGAUACUCUUCUUGCUGACCUGUGUGACUCAUUCAGCUUUCGUAGGAUAUAUGUCUUUUGUUACAUGCAUUUAUCUACUAAAAGAACAUUAACUAUCAAACUCAAGUACACUACAACGAUCAAAUUCACAUACCGGUAGGAACAAAAUGAGUGUUUAAAAAGCUUGAACAAUAGUACAUUUAUAGCUGGAUAGCAAUUGAGCAUUUCAAAAUUACAUUGAUAUAAAAUAAUCACUAUUGUAGGAUAUUUUUUUGUUUUAAUACAAUAUUGGAUAUAAUGUCAUUUUCCCUACAGUACUUUGAUUAUCUGUGUGUAAAUGUCGUAUAAGUAUUGAAUUUAUUCGCUUUAAUACAAUGUUUUAUGGAAUGUCACUUUUUCUGCAGUAGU